AUGUUUGACUUUCUUUUAAAUUUUCAACGUGCUCAGUUCGGUUCGGUUAUAAGUUCAUCGAUCGAUUUUUAUCACCAUGCGUUUUUUACCUUGAUCUUGGCGCUAAUAUUUAGCUUCGGUUACUGUAGUGGUUUUAAUUUCCUAAUGAUUCAUUCCGCCGGUCGUUCGCACUUUAAUGUGGGCCAUGCCUUGGCCAAGGGAUUGGUCCAAGCUGGCCACGAGAUCUCUGUGGUAUCCGUUUAUCCAUUAAAGAAACCUAUACCUCGUUAUCACGACAUAAAUGUGCCAAAUGUGAUUAAAGUUAUGGGGGGAGAUAUUGCUGCGCUCUGGGAAUCCAUUCAGAAACCACUAACUCAGAAGCUUAUUGAUCACUAUCAAAUGGGAUUCCGCAUCACAAGAGGACUUUUUGAGGACCCUAAUUUCCAGGAACUUUUAAAGAGUAAUCAGUUUGAUGCGGUCAUAUGCGAGACCUUUUAUAAUGAUGCUCACUAUGGAUUGGCAGAACAUUUCAAUGCCCCACUCAUUGGAUUGAGCACCGGUGGAGGUCUGACCUUCAUCACAGAUAUGGUUGGCUCUCCCGCUCCAGCUUCGUUUGUGCCCCACAUAAUGUUGCCCUUUAACGACCACAUGUCGCUUUACGAACGCCUUUUAAACGUGGCUUUCUUGGCCUAUGAAAGAUUGCUACUGGACUAUUAUUAUUUACCAGGACAAGAGCAACUCUACAAAGAGUUCUUUCCGGGAAACAAGAGGUGUUUCUACGAAAUGCGUCGGAAUGCCUCUCUGGUUCUCAUCAAUCAGCAUGUAUCACUGAGUUUCCCACGACCAUAUUCGCCCAACAUGAUUGAAGUGGGUGGCAUGCAUAUCGAUGGAAAGCUAAGCCCGCUUCCCGAGAAGAUCGAGAGAUUUAUCAACGAGUCAGAACAUGGAGCAAUCUACUUCUCCAUGGGUUCGAAUCUCAGUAAGGAUUUACCGCCAGCCAAGGUUCAAGAGAUUCUAAGAGCAUUUAGUGGACUGAAACAGCGGGUUCUAUGGAAAUUCGAGCUAGAGGAUCUGCCCAAUAAACGAAAUGUCUACAUCUCCGACUGGUUUCCACAGACUGAUAUAUUAGCACAUCCGAGUUUAGCCUUUGUAACCCACGGAGGAAUGCUGAGUACCACGGAGUCCAUUUAUCAUGGCAAACCCGUCAUCGGAUUGCCUAUUUUUAGCGACCAGUUCUUCAAUAUGGCUCAUGCCGAGCAAACUGGCUAUGGCAUAAUGCUGGACUUCAAGACGCUGAAUGCCAAAGAAUUCCGGGAAGCUAUCGAGAAGAUUACCAGUGAGCCCUCAUAUACGAAAGUGGUCAGCAUGUCCUUCCGAUAUCGGGAUCAACAACAGAAGCCUCUGGAAAACGCCAUUUAUUGGGUGGAACAUGUGACCCGUCAUCAGGGAGGCUAUUUGCAGAGUGCGGCCCAAAGACUGAAUUGGUGGCAGUAUCACAAUGUGGACGUCCUCUGAUAAUAUUUGGCGGGAUGAUCUUUUGUUAUUGGACUACCUAUUGCCUUAUUGCGACUACUGAAGAAAGUAUUAUCUGGGGGAAAGAAAACUCAGGGCAGGAAAGUUAAACGUAUUAGAAAUGUAUUCUCUACUUUUAAGUAAACAAGAAUUCAGACAUGGCAUUUAUAAUGUUCAAGUUAUUAAAUUAUAAAAAUGAAGAUGAUAAAAAUCCUAAAGUUCUUGUUAGAUGUUCCUUAUUGACCAUUUUCAUUAAAACGUAAAUUAAUUGGUACGCCUUACUUCUUUCCCCAUUUUCGUUUUAAACGAUUGCAAAACCUUUAAGACAAUAUAAUCUCUGCAGAUUGAGUUCACCCAAUGUAUUUAAUUAUCUCAAACAAACAGUUGUAAUUGCCAAACAUUUGAAUUUCAACCCCCGUUCGCAUUUCCAUUGUCCUACAUCCAUUUCCGACGCCAAGAGCAAAUUACUGCCUAACAGCAUGCUGCACAAAAUUGUUUUCAUCUUUUCCACCCAUCGCACAAACAAUUGCUAACUCGCAUCGAAAAGUUGAGAUGUAUUUUCAUGGGCUGCCAAAAAUACAUUUCGCUCUUCUAUUAUUGGCCACGUUAUCAAUGCACACACGUGCCGGUCGCUGAUUGAUUUCGCUGGGAAACGAGAGGAAAAUAUAAACCAAACGUAAAUGACAAAAUCAAAUUGGAAAUGCAGACGAUGGGGGACGAAAAUUUAAAUAGGCACUCGAGCAUUAAAUUAAGCAGCAACAACUUAGGUCGCGGAAAAUCAGUCAAAAAGAGUGAGUCUGGAUAGAAAAAACACAGGGAGUGCCACUGUACCAACCGCCCACUACCACGCCCACAAAAAAAAAAAAGAAAAGAAAGGAAACCGCUCCGAGGUGCAAAACGGCUGAAAUGAAGGAAAUGAAAUGCCAAAAAGACAGAGUUCCCCUCGCGCAACACACACGAAAGCUUUUCCGAGUGUGCUAGUACACUGGGAAUAAAUAUAAAAGCUUAAAAAAAA